AUGUUUCUCCAGACAAUCCAGGUGCUUGCAUUAGCUUCAGUUAUAUUAAUCACAAUAGGGCAAAACGUUGUCAAUCAAAAAUUGCAUCCAUAUGGCUCAUUUUCAAACAUCUUUUCUGAGGAAAUUGAAGAUGCUAUGACCUGCAACAAAUUUACAUGCAAAAUGCCUGAUCAAAAUUUCGCAGGAAACACAUGUGGAUAUUUUGUCUCAGCUAACAAUACAGUUUAUUCACAGCCAUGUGAAGACGAAUCAUUGCUCUGCUUUUCUCCUAACGUGUCUCAAAAUUAUACUUGCGUAAUCAAUGAUCCAUUUCCUAUAGCACUACCAGGAGACAAAUGCUCAAAGGCGUCUGAUUGUUAUUUGCUUUACUCUAAGUCUUGCACUGGAGGAAUUUGCAUUGGACUAGAUUUAAAAGAUUCUUGCACAUCAACUUUUCAAUGUGAUCCAGACAGCAGUUGUAGAAAAAUCAAUGGCGCUUGGCAAUGUGCAGCUUUAAUUGAGGCCGGAAAAACGGGAUGCCUUAAUGAAUAUGAUUGUGAAUAUAGUGCAGGAUGCAGCAUAGUCUCUCUAAAUGAUACUUCUAAAAAUACAUGCAUUAAGUAUAUUCUGUAUUAUGCUAAUUUCUAUGCUAUCUUCAAUACCAUAAAGAGAAUUUGAUUAUUUAAAUUAUUUUUGAUUUAUACAUAACUAGUAAAAGAUUUGGUGUAGAGCUUAAAUAAGCUUAGCAUAUAAGAUUUGGUAAUGAAUUUAUUAUUAGCAGCAAUGUUAUAAUUUUUUUAAAUCCUAUUCCUUAUCUAAAAAUAUUAUCUAAUUCUAGAAACACUUACAUUUAGUUAGAUUAUAAGAAAGCUCCCUAUCGGGAUCCGAAGAUCCUUAUUUUCCCGCAUCUCCGACAAUCUUCUCACGACCUUCAAAGUUUUGCUUCUACCAGACAUGGGCCUGCGCAUGCCCCCCGUAGUCGAAAAGUUUUUAUCACCGUGCCUCCACCAACAGGGGUUGCCCACCAUUGAAAAUUCUAAGAUGAAAUCUGUAGCCCAAAGCGUAACUACUGGUUUCGCGCUGGGGGAAUAGUCAAUUGUCAAGACAAAUGCCAAUGGCACCUCUGGGAAACCCUUCCAACUUCGGAUCAAUCUCCCUCUAAGGUAAAAACUUAUUAUUGGAGUAAAGCUGAUGGGUCGGCGAACCAGACAUUGCGCUUUACUAAACCAAGAAAAACCUAGCUGGAUAGCAUAUCGAAAGCCAGCUCUCUUCCUUAAUAUCCCUGACACCCUUUUGAAUUUCGGGUUAGGUGUUAAGAGGUGGGUUGAUUCACCGCGCCAUUUUAAUUAUAUCUAUUUCUAGAAACAGUUAUAUGCUUAAAUCAAAACAGUAUGGAUCUUUGACUCCAGGAACUAAAAUUACUAACUAUACUUGCAAUACCAACUCUAAUGUUUGCAGCUCUGGGCUUUGUGGUGAAGAUAAUAAUGGAAAUUUUGUUUGCACAGAUGAAAUUAUUUCCAGUGGCCAAACUCCACUAAGCUGCCCUGAAGCUUACUCAUCCACUGGAUGCAUAUCAAAAGAAGAUAUAUAUUUAGGUCAUGGCUUGAAUGGAUCAUGCCUCUGCGCCUAUAAUCCAAAUGGAGAUACAUAUUGUUCACUUCAAAAGGGAGAUGCUCCAUAUGUCGCGCUAACUUCCCCCCUCCAUGAGCAAACAAAAAAAAUUGUUCACUCACAGAGGACGUUAAUUUUUUUUAAAAAAAUAUAAAUUUUUAUAGUAAUUUUUUUCAAAUUUAAAAAAAUCUCAACUGAAAUACAAAUAUUUAUUUAAUUUGUAAAAUUUAUUCAAUUUGAGUGGUUUUUGAGCAAAAAAUAGGGAUUUUUUUCAAUGGUUUGUCCGCUAAUGUACGGGGGAGUAAGAAACGAGUAUAGCAAGUGGCAAUCAAGCAGUGCAAUAAAAAAUUGUAAUACCAAUUGGAGAUAUCCAGCACUUGCCAAUUCAAAGCUUCAAUGUGCUGCAGAUUAUUAUGAUUCUAAAGACUACUCUGCUUUUCUUUAUAGAUUGCUUUAUGUGUCUUAUUAUGUGAAUAUUUAUGGAUCUGAAGAAUGCGUUCUUAAAACGCUUUACCCGUUUUAUUUGCAAGCUAAAGAUAAUUUUAAUAACGGGGGGAAUGGAAAUAAUACCGAUAGUUCUAUUUCGAUAGCGCUAACAGCCUUUAUAGCAGUUCUAGCUAUUUAA